AUGAAGGUAGCGAUUAUCGGGUCAGGAGCCAGUGGUCUUGUAUCAAUGAAAUCGUGUAUCGAUGAAGGGAUAGAGCCCGUCUGCUUCGAGCAAGAAGAUUCCAUUGGCGGACUGUGGCACUUCACCCCAGAAGAGCGACACAGCUCAGUCUACCGCUCCAUCGUCAUCAACACCAGCAAGGAAAUGAUGUGUUUCUCGGAUUUCCCAAUACCCAAGGAUUAUCCCCCAUUUAUGCACCACUCAUACGUCAUGAAAUACUUCCACCUUUUCGCCAGGCACUUUGAUUUGUACAAGUACAUUCGCUAUAGAACCAAAGUGUUGGAAGUAAAAAAGACGGACGACUUUAACGACACUGGGAACUGGGAGUUGAGCUAUGUGUCGCUGGAAGAUACGACCAAGGUGAAGAGAGAAGUUUUUAAUGGUGUAAUGGUGUGCGUGGGGCACCAUUCCAAGCCUUAUUGGCCAGUGUUCCCUGCAAUGCAUAAGUUCUGUGGAGUCAAAAUGCAUAGCCAUGCCUACAAGGAUUUCCGAGGGUUUGAGGGAAAGACCGUCGUGGUUAUAGGUGUUGGUAAUUCUGGUGGUGAUAUUGCUGUUGAACUCAGCCGGCACAACUGCAAAGUAUACCUGAGCACGAGACGAGGAACCUACGUCCUGUCCCGCUUGCAUGACAGUGGGGUCCCUUUUGACUACUGGGCCAACUGCCGCGCCCUUUUCACACUCCCUAGAUUCCUCAAAUCUGCAGUAAUCAAAUCGCGCAUCAACAAGAAAGUUGAUCACAGGAAACUUGGCUUGCAACCUGAUUAUCACCCAACCUCACAGCACCCCACAGUCAAUGAUGAUCUUCCCAACCGUAUCAUGAAUGGAACAGUCACUGUAAAGCCAAAUGUUUCUACAUUUACAGAAACAGGUGUGGAAUUUGAGGAUGGGACUGGCGACGAUGCUGUUGAUGUUGUGAUUUUCUGCACGGGCUACAGCAUUGGCUUCAACUGUAUUGACCAAUCAAUUCUUCCUGUUUGUGAAAAUGAUGUCACAUUGUAUAAGUAUGUGUUUCCUCCUCAUCUGUCUAAACCAACACUGGCUGUGUUAGGUUGCUUUCAGCCACUCGGUGCCAUAAACCCAGUGGUUGAUCUACAGAGCCGCUGGGUUGUACAGGUGUUCAAAGGUAUGAAGCAUCUCCCACCAAAGGAGAUUAUGAUGGAAGAUAUAAUGAAAAAGAAAAAAGACAUGGCUGGUCGUUACUAUGCAUCACGGAGACACACAAUCCAGGUGGAUUAUGUUGCAUACAGUGACGAGCUGGCGACUUUGAUAGGCUGUAAGCCGUCUCUAUGGAAACUCUUAGUGACAGACCCCACCUUAGCUAUCCAGUGCUUUUUUGGGCCUUGCACCCCACCCCAGUUCCGCUUGGAGGGGCCAGGGGCAUGGCCAGGGGCCAGAGAAGCCAUCAUGAAGGCGAGCGCUAAUUGUCUCUAUUUAACAAAAUCACGAGUGUUAGAGAAAAAAGGCAGACAGAAAAACAAAGUUAGUGUGCUUGUGAAGGUGGCAUUGCUGGUUGUGCUUCUGGCCAUCUUAUGGGCUUGCUUGUGGUAAAACGACUUCAAUAAUCAAUCAACCCUCGUAGCCCUCAUAAUUUUUAUUUGACUUUUAUUUUUAAUUUGGGCUUACCAGAUGAACCUUACUAUUCAGGCCUGUAGCUAAAAAAAGUUUUUUUAAUGGUUGGACACAGUCUUUUGUAAGUCGCAUUUAUCUGUAUCAUUUAUCUGGAAAUAUCCAUCUGCUUUUUUUUGUGAAUUCAACUCGUAGCCAGGGGGUCAGUGGGUUUAACCCAUUCACUCCUGAAUACUUUUGACCAAAAAUUUGAGUAAAACAUACUGAAAACACCCCCCCCCCCCCCCUAUUUCAAGUCCCACACUACCUGUCAAGUUAAGAUACCACUGUCCCAAGAUGGUGUCUCUCCAGUCUAGCGAAGGCACUGCUACAGCCUUUUGCUGAAAACAGUUUUGUUUGUAAUUUGGGGUCAGUACGCAGCUCUUACAAGCUGCAAUUUGAUUGGGCAAAUGAACAAUAUCCGCACCUCGACACAAAGAACGAGAAGAAUAAAGACAAAAGAACUCCUUUGUAGAACAAAGAUAAUAGGAGACAAAGCAGCUACGUACUUACUCGUAAUUUGCUGAAAAGUUACAGCAACAAGUCUAUUAUAAAUAAUUCAGGCACAUUCCCAGAAUUGGCCGAGGGGGUGCACAAUAAUAGGUAUCAUAUGGAAAAAGCAUAAGAUUCCCCAAGAAAGAAAUGACCUACUUUUUGGCUACAAAAGUGGGGUGCGUGUGUUCCCUACAACCCCCCCCUGUGAACGCACCUGUAAUUUAUGCUGUGCUUAUGGAUGUUUGCAUGCUGAGGUUGACCCAAUGGGAUAAUUUCUUGUUUGGGCUUCACUGCGUGAGAAAGAAAUUUUCUAGUUUAUGGCCUCAUACUCUCCACCAUCAAUGCUACCCAACCUUAUUCAGAAAUUGUUUUCAGGCUUAUUCUGGCUUCCUUGAACCUGAAAAUGUUUUGUUAUGCUUUGGGACAAAGAUACUAAAAAACUGUGGGAGGAGUUUAGCCGCCUCUCUGUCAAGGUGUUUCUAAGACUCUCAUGAUGCAGUGCAGGCAUUUAAUGUGGCUCGCUUCUAAUAAAGGUCUUAGCAUUGAUUAUUGUGGCUGGUGGUUGUAAAAUGGGACCUGAUGGAGCACAAUAAAGGUAUCUAUUUGUGCCUUGAUCUGUGUUUGCUUGUCUUUAUUCUUAGUUCGGAAUUUCGUCUUUUAUGGUGAGAAAUGCUUCUGAGUUUGAGCAUUUGUUUACGAAAGUUGAUAUUUUGACAACGGAGUCAAUUAUACUAAAUUGCUUCGAUGCGCUUUUGAAGGUCAUCUAUGUCUUGGAUGAAUCCUUUAGUAUCCGAUUCCGGUGAUGCUUAGCCACAGGCAGCCCAAGGCUACAGUCAGUAGUACUACACUAGUAAGAAACACAAUUCGUAGUGGGCUUCAAACUUGCUAUAUUAAUAUUCUAUCGGCAAAAUUGAAAUAAAGACUCAAACACAAUA